ACGGCUGUAGAGGUGGCGGCUCGGCUGGGUGCCCGCGGCUGAGCUGCAGAGGUUUUUCCUGUGAGAAUUACCAGCAACAUUUCAUAAUGGGGGACAUUCUGGCUCAUGAAUCCGAAUUACUUGGACUGGUGAGAGAGUAUUUAAAUUUUGCCGAAUUUGAAGACACUUUGAAAAUAUUUUCCAAAGAGUGCAAAAUGAAAGGAAAACCGUUAUCUAAAACAGUGGGUGGACCUUUAAGAGACUCCACAUCGUUGAUGAUCCAGAAGGAUCUCAUUGCUGCAUUUGACAGUGGACACCAGAAGGCAUUCUUCGAUCUGUGGAAGGAGCACAUUCCUGGUUCAAUCCGAGAUGGGGACGCCCUUGCCCAGAAGUUGGAAUUCUAUCUUCACAUCCAUUUUGCCAUCUAUCUUCUGAAACACUCUGUAGGAAAACCUGACAAAGAGGAGUUGGAUGAAAGAAUUUCUUAUUUCAAAACCUACCUGGAGACCAAAGGGGCAGCACUGAGCCAGACAACAGAGUUUCUUCCUUACUAUGCCCUUCCUUUUGUUCCCAACCCUAUGGUACACCCGUCCUUUAAAGAACUCUUCCAGGAUUCCUGGACUCCAGAGUUAAAGUUGAAGUUGGAAAAGUUUCUGGCUUUAAUUUUUAAAGCUGGUCACAUGCCAAGGCUUUUAACACUCUGUAAGGAAAAUGGACCAAGUAACAAAGAAAUGUUGCAGCAGCUCCACCAGCAGCUGCUAGAAGCUGAACGGAGGUCAAUGACAUACCUGAAACGGUACAAUAAGAUCCAGGCCGACUACCACAAUCUCAUUGGAGUCACGGCAGAGCUGGUGGAUUCUCUGGAGGCCACAGUUAGUGGCAAGAUGAUCACUCCCGAAUACCUUCAGAGUGUCUGCGUCCGCCUCUUCAGUAACCAGAUGCGGCAGAGCCUGGCUCACAGCGUGGACUUCACGAGGCCCGGCACGGCUUCAACCAUGUUAAGAGCCUCCUUGGUGCCUGCGAAAUUGAAGGAUGUCCCAUUACUGCCCUCCCUGGAUUAUGAAAAACUGAAGAAGGAUUUAAUUUUUGGAAGUGACCGCUUGAAAGCAUUCUUGUUGCAGGCUCUGCGCUGGCGCUUGACCACUUCCCAUCCUGGAGAGCAGAGGGAGACUGUCCUGCAAGCUUACAUCAGCAAUGACCUCUUGGACUGUCACAGCAACAACCAGAGGAGCGUGCUACAGCUGCUGCAGUCGCAGAGCGAGGCAGUACGCCAAUACAUGGCCCGGCUCAUCAACGCCUUCGCAUCACUCGCAGAAGGCCGCCUCUACCUUGCCCAGAACACAAAGGUGCUGAGGAUGCUGGAGGAAAGGCUGAAGGAGGAAAACAAGGACGUCAUCACCAGAGAGAAUAUCCUUGGGGCCUUACAGAAGUUCAGCCUCAGGCGCCCGCUGCAGACGGUGAUGAUUCGGGACGGCCUCAUCUUCUGGCUGAUUGACAUUCUCAAGGACCCCGACUGCCUGUCUGACUACACGCUGGAGUACUCGGUGGCCCUGCUUAUGAACCUCUGCCUCCGGAGUGCAGGGAAGAACAUGUGCGCCAAGGUGGCAGGCCUCGUGCUCAAAGUUCUUUCAGAUCUACUUGGCCACGAAAACCACGAGAUACAGCCGUAUGUGAAUGGAGCUCUGUACAGCAUCCUUUCGAUUCCAUCCAUUCGCGAGGAAGCCAGAGCAAUGGGAAUGGAAGACAUUCUGCGCUGCUUCAUCAAAGAAGGCAAUGCUGAAAUGAUUCGGCAGAUAGAAUUUAUCAUCAAGCAGCUUAACUCUGAAGAGCUACUGGAUGGUGUUCUUGAAUCUGAUGAUGAUGAAGAUGAAGAUGAUGAAGAGGACCACGACACCAUGGAACCCGAUCUGGACAAAGACGAGCUGAUCCAGCCCCAGCUUGGAGAACUCUCAGGGGAGAAGCUCCUGACCACGGAGUACCUGGGAAUCAUGACCAACACGGGCAAGACCACGGCCAAGCAGCGGAAGGGCCCAGCUGCCGUGCAGUGGAGCGCAAACCAGCCCCUGUGCCGGCCCGUCACUCCCUGCGGCCACAGGACCGGAUACCCAGUGCUGGAAGAUGAUCUCAUUUCUCCCCAGAUGUCCCCACAGGCCAGAAGUGGCCGCUUCCAGCCCCUGUCAAAUGCUAAUCUCCCGGCACACAAAGUGGGGAAGCCUGUCUCUUGGGGCUCUGGUGUCUCCACCUCAGCCCUUCACGACACCAAGCCAGGAGACUGGUUGUCGCCAGGACUCCCAGAAGCGCCUCGCCCACCCCCUGCAGGAGCCUCAAGCCAGGAUCCGGGCAGUGGAGAGACCGCCAGGUAGGGAUGGGGGUGUCACGAGGGCGCCAUGGUGAGGGCAGAGCCAUGGUGGGUGUGGGGAGAUGCAGGAGUUCUGGGGGGCUCCUGGAGGCCCUGCAGAGGACAGAGGAACAUCGGGUUGGCUCUGAAUGUGGGGCCAGUGGAGUAGACAGCACACCUGGUAACCUUCAACAGGACCAGGGCCCAAGGAAGGGAGCCUGCUUUGCAGAAACCAGAGUUAUCAGACCUGAUAGAGAGGAACAUGUAAACAUGCCCGAAGGACUAGUUCUGUUAGGGGACUGUUAGGGGACCUUGAAGCCCUGGUGGCACAAGAGUUAAGAGCUCAGCUGCCAUUAUAGUGGCUAUGAGUGGGAAUCAACUCCACAGUAAUGAGUUUGGUUUUGGGGGGUUAAGGGACUGUUUUAUAAUGGGAGUUCCUGGGUGGAGCAAACAGUUAACACAGUUAAUUUGCUCAGCUGCUAACACAAAGGUUGAAGGUUCAAGUCCACCAGAGGCACCUUGGAAGAAAGUCCCAGCAAUGUACUUUGAAAAAUCAGCCACUGAAAACCCUAUGGAGCACAAUUCUACUCUGACACACAUGGGGGUCGCCAUAAGUGAGAAUCAAAUCCACAACCUCUAGUUUUUUAGGUGAACGUGUUCAG